AUGAUUUCAUUGUUCAUUUGUCAUCAGGCCACAGUUUUGCAGCUCGCUUUCCAACUCGCGUUUCCCUCCCCCACACUUCAUCUUCCCCCCAUCUCCCUCACCUACGUCCCUGUUCUCUGUCCGUCCUUCCGCCAUCAACACCACUUCCUAAGUUUGUUUUUCGAGUCCGGAGAAGGAGAUAUCCCACUACCGCUCACUACCCUUGCGAAUGACACCGAGUUUCUUCGUAUAGAUCUAUCUACCUAUCUAUCUGGGUCUAUUCAUCUCUCUCUCUCGGUCUAUCCCUAUCUAUCUCUAUUUCGGUUUAGAUUAUUUAUCUAUCUAUCUAUCUCUAUCAGUCUGCUCAUGUCUAUCUCAGGAUUUUCAUAUCUAUCUGUCUGUCUGUUUAUCAAUAUAGCUUCUAUAUCUAUCUAUCUAUCUAUCUAUCUAUCUAUCUAUCUAUCUAUCAAUCUGGCUGGCUGGCUAUCUCUUUCGUCUAUUAAUAUCUAUACAUCUAUCCAUAUCGGUUUGUUCACAUCUAUCUAUCUAUCUAUCUAUCUAUCUAUCUAUCUAUCUAUCUAUCUAUCUAUUUUGGAUCUAUCUAUCUCAUUCUGCCCACUAUCUAUCUAUCUAUCUAUCUAUCUAUCUAUCUAUCUAUCUAUCUAUCUAUCUAUCUCACUCUCUCUCUAUAUAUAUAUCAUUCUGUUCAUUAUCUAUCUAUUUAUCUGA